ACGCAGAUAAAUUUAUAAGAUUGCAGUGUAUCUACUUUGAUGCCUUACCCUCUGCUCUUCAAGGCAAUCUCAAGAAAAAUUGCUCAGAAAGACAUGGACUUGAUCACUGCUUAUUACCAACAACUUAGGGAGAAGAAGAUAUCUCGAGAGGGAUUCUCGAAGAAGCUGGGGAUGAUUGUUGGAGAUGAUCAUCUUCUGAAAACCACCAUUACAGCUCUUCAACGCUUGCCACACACUGCUAUGAAAAUGGAACCAGUCACAUGUAGCUGUUAAAGAUAGGGAUAGAAAAAUGUGUCGACUUCUUUGUGAUGUCUGACUUUAUAAUAAGAUUAAGACAAAAGGAACUUGUUUCCGUUUAGUGUACUCUUUGUGGAACUAAUCUCCAUUUUCCUGAUAUU